UCAGUUUCCCAAUCUUAUAUUCUGUGGAACUUAGACACUGUUGUCACUCAUGUAGAAGACUACCUAAGAUGACCAGAGAAAAACAAGAGCGUUCAAAAGCUAUAAGAACUGCACCUUUUCCCUGCCUUCACAAUCAGAACUCUCCUAACUAUUCUCUUCUUCCCAAAAGACCUUUUUCAAGAAUCGAUUUUUAUCGAGACUACAAGCCUAUCCACUAUAUUGCCUACUACCCACUCGGCCCCUAUUACUCGCGGGCAAAUAUGGCAUCUAAUGCUAAGGUUAUUUCAACCAAGGUUAUUGCCGUUUUGUCCUCAGGCGCAAGAACGGUGAAAGUUGGAUAUGUGGAUCAAACGGAUGUCUGGAAAAGGGUAUAUCUGAGUCCAGAAAUCCAAAUGAAAUUCAAAGCGACCUCGGAGAAGCACCUGUCUUCCCUCAAAGCGGAAAGCGACAUGGUUGCAUUUCAGGAAACUCCUCAUACGAGCGAGUCUGAUAAUCGCACGCAUUUUACAGCAGUUGAAAUUGAUGGAAAGGGCUCUGUCAUAGCAAAGAGGCACUUCGCUGUAGAAUGAGCUUCUGAAGUCGGAUGGCUUUCAUUACCCGCAGCAGGAAAUUUUGUCAGCAUGAUAGCCUGGUUAUAACUAUAAAUUGGGUGCUGCUCAGCUGGUCAUUAUCACGGCACAACUAGCCUCUUCAGGUUAGUUGGUGGGGUACCUAACCAACCAUAGUUAGAGUUAGUGUGUAGUGAUGUGGGGUACCUACUUACCUAAUUAGGUUGGUUACAUGUUAGGGUUUAUUCUUAAUUUUCAGUUAUAUGGAUAUAUCCAUGCCUUUCUGCCCACCUAAACCACUACCUACUUUAGAUAUACUAUAUAUUCUUCGC